CGUUUGGAUGAGUCUAAUAUAUAAUCCUUCACCUUAUGUUUUGUAGUUACGAUGAUUAUUUGAAGAGAAAUUCGAUAAGAGAAUCCAGUGAAAUAAUAAUAAAAUUGAAUGUGUAGUUAGUGUUUGAUUAUAUAAGGGCAAGUGGCAACUCCCUUUGGCUUUUGGGUGCAAAGGUAAAGUUAAAAGGCAGUCGGCAGCCGCGAUUGAACAAUGCAUAUACGAAAUACGAAUGGGCAUCUGUCCGCGGCCGUCCCCGAUUCUUCACGGUCCGAUCAUGCGAAUGAUAUGAGCAUCCACAAUUGCCGCGGUCCAAUGUGCCUCAAAACCGUCCAACCGUCUCACGCCACGCCUGCCGCCGCCGCCGCUAUGUCGCCGGAAAACUCCGUUGCCGCCGACGUUAACGCUGAAGACCAUCUAUUCGUGCCUCCGCUCAAUUUUUCCAUGGUGGAUUACGGAAUAUACCGCUCCGGAUUCCCUGACGCUGCUAACUUUCCGUUCUUGAAAACCCUAGGCCUUCGAUCGAUCAUAUACUUAUGUCCGGAGCCUUAUCCUGAAGAGAAUAUGCAGUUUCUCAAUGCGAAUGGAAUUCGUCUUUUUCAGUUCGGCCUUGAAGGAUCUAAGGAGUUAUUUGUAAACAUCCCAGAGGAUUUAAUUGUUUGUGCGUUGAGAGUGCUAUUAGAUGAAAGAAACCAUCCACUUCUAAUCCACUGCAAGCGAGGAAAGCACCGGACUGGUUGUCUCGUGGGAUGCCUUAGGAAGUGGCAAAAUUGGUGCCUGGCUUCAAUUUUUGACGAGUAUCAGAGGUUUGCUGCUGAUAAGGCUAGAGUUACAGAUCAGAGAUUCAUGGAGUUAUUCGACAUUUCCAGAAUAAAGAAGUUGGCGUCCUCGCCUCCGUAUAUGUGACAAUACUGAAGGCUGUGAUUCUUGCUUCCUGUUGUGGGAGAUCAUUGCACUUUCUUUAAUAUACCCCACUCUUCUGGGAUAAUCCAUUUUAGAGGAGAGAAAUACUACUUUUCACCUUUUUCUUUUCAUUUUUUGAGAGAGAUUAUUCCUUGAUAGAUAUAGCUCAUUACUAUCGAAAUGAAUUCAUUGUUGCCCACAUUUUUUCAGCUGUGCUGCAAUGAGUAAGUGGAACAAAAAUUAAAUCAAAUGGCAGGAAGUGACAUUGUACA